AAAUAAUGUUGGUAACAACAAAAUUAACGGAGUAGAUACGGAGCUUAAAAUGCAAACUAAGAGGAAAGGGGAAGAUAAAUCAGACAAGGAGCGGAUAUCGGGCCUCUUCUCCAUCUCCUGUUUGCCAGGGUUUGACCUUAACAGUAGCUGCAAUUGCAGAAAUGGCCAGAGUUAUUAAGUUCGAAGAGGUAGCAAAACACAAAGAGAGGGAUGAUUGCUGGCUUGCAAUCUUUGGAAAGGUGUAUGAUGUGACUUCAUUUCUUGAAGAUCAUCCUGGGGGUGACGAAGUCUUGCUAGCUGUUACUGAGAAAGAUGCAACAGAGGACUUUGAAGAUGUGGGCCACAGCGAUUCUGCUAAAGAAAUGAUGGAAAAAUACUAUAUUGGUGACCUUGAUAGCACCAGUGUUCCACCAAGAAAGAAGUACAAGCCACCUCAGCAAGUAGCGCAUAGACCUGAUGACUCCGGAUUUGCAUUGAAGAUUAUGCAAUUCCUGGUACCACUGUUGAUCUUGGGUAUAGCAUUUGCUUUGCGAUUCUAUGGCAAGAAAGAGGACUAGUUGGAUCAUGGUAUGAAGUUGCGAAAGUUAGUCCAUGUUUCUUUGAUAAUCUAUUACUUAAUAAGUAUAAUUGUAGAAUUUCAAUUGGCACUUUUUAUUGGGAUUGAUCAUAGUAUGGCUGUACCUUUGAUUGCUGCUAAUAACAAUGGCUUGGUUAAUUCAUUCCGGUAUGGCUAUCUGUUAAAA